AUGCACCACCAUGGCCUGAUCCAACAGACUCUCAAACCAGAACCAGAACCAAGCUGUGUUUCCUUAAAGAGCGAUAAUUCAAAGGGUCUUGGUAUUACUUUUAAAUCAGAUCAACCUUCUGCUACAAAGAGAGUGGACCAGCAGAACUCAGAGGUUCCCAGUGGUCCGUCUGCCCAGCAGCAUCAAACCCAGCUGGACUCCAUAUUUAUGCUGCUGGAGGACAACAUUGUUACUUUUGUGAAGAAUGAGCUGAAGAAGAUCCAGAAGGUUGUGAGUCUAGAUUACCCAGAAGGCUUAGAGAGUCAGUGGGAGGAUGAGGAGGUGUUGGAAGGUGAAGAUGAAGAGCAGAGGAGGAGCAGCAGAGAGGCUUUUGAGAAGAUCACACUGAACUUCCUGAAGAAGAUGAAGCAGGAGGAGCUGGCUGAACGUCUGCAGAGCAGGUUUCUUUCCUCAGUUUGUCAACAUAAACUUAAAUCUGGUCUGAAGAAGAGGUUCCAGUGUGUGUUUGAGGGGAUCGCUAAAGUAGGAAGUCCAACCCUUCUGAACCAGAUCUACACAGAGCUCUACAUCACAGAGGGAGGGACUGGAGAGGUCAAUGAUGAACAUGAGGUCAGACAGAUUGAAACAGCAUCCAGGAAACCACACAGACCAGAAACAACCAUCAGACAAGAAGACAUCUUUAAAGUCCCACCUGGAAGAGAUCAACCAAUCAGAACAGUGAUGACAAAGGGAGUGGCUGGCAUUGGAAAAACAGUCUUAACCCAGAAGUUCACUCUGGACUGGGCUGAAGACAAAGCCCUCCAGAACAUCCAGUUCAUAUUUCCAUUCACCUUCAGAGAGCUGAAUGUGCUGAAAGAGAAAAAGUUCAGCUUGGUGGACCUUGUUCAUCACUUCUUUACUGAAACCAAAGAAAUCUGCAGCUUUGAACACUUCCAGGUUCUGUUCAUCUUUGAUGGUCUGGAUGAGAGUCGACUUCCUCUGGACUUCCACAACAAGGAGAUCCUGACUGAUGUUACAGAGUCCACCUCAGUGGAUGUUCUGCUGACAAACCUCAUCAGAGGGAAUCUGCUUCCCUCUGCUCUCCUCUGGAUAACCACACGACCUGCAGCAGCCAAUCAGAUCCCUCCUGAGAGUGUUGGCAUGGUGACAGAGGUCAGAGGCUUCACUGACCCACAGAAGGAGGAGUACUUCAGGAAGAGAUUCAUAGAUGAGGAGCAGGCCAGCAGGAUCAUCUCCCACAUGAAGACAUCAAGAAGCCUCCACAUCAUGUGCCACAUCCCAGUCUUCUGCUGGAUCACUGCUACGGUUCUGGAGGAUGUGUUGGAGACCAGAGAGGGAGGAGAGCUGCCCAACACCCUGACUGAGAUGUUCAUCCACUUCCUGGUGGUUCAGACCAAAGUGAAGAAGGUCAAGUAUGAUGGAGGAUCUGAGACAGAUCCACAAUGGAGUCCAGAGAGCAGGAAGAUGAUUGAGUCUCUGGGAAAACUGGCUUUUGAUCAGCUGCAGAAAGGAAACCUGAUCUUCUAUGAAUCAGACCUGACAGAGUGUGGCAUCGAUAUCAGAGCAGCCUCAGUGUACUCAGGAGUGUUCACACAGGUCUUUAGAGAGGAGAGAGGGCUGUACCAGGACAAGGUGUUCUGCUUUGUCCAUCUGAGUGUUCAGGAGUUUCUGGCUGCUCUUCAUGUCCAACGGACCUUCUUCAACUAUGUAAUUAACCUAAAGGAAGAUCAUGCAAACGUUUCUUCUUGGUUGAAAUUAUUAUACGAGCCAAAUCUAACAAGUUUCCACCAGAGAGCUGUGGACGAGGCCUUACAGAGUCCAAAUGGACACCUGGACUUAUUCCUCCGCUUCCUCUUGGGUCUUUCAGUGGAGACCAAUCAGACUCUCCUGCAAGGUCUGCUCACAAAAUCAGCAAGUAGGUCACAGACCAAUGAGGGAACAGUUCAGUACAUCAAGAAGAAGAUCAAUGAGAACCUGCCUGCAGAGAAAAGCAUCAACCUGUUCCACUGUCUGAAUGAACUGAAUGAUCGUUCUCUGGUCCAGAAGAUCCAACAGUCUCUGAGUUCAGGAAGUCUCUCCACAGAUAAACUGUCUCCUGCUCAAUGGUCAGCUCUGGUCUUCAUCUUACUGUCAUCAGGAGAAGACCUGGAUGUGUUUGACCUGGAGAAAUACUCUGCUUCAGAGGAGGCUCUUCUCAGGCUGCUGCCAGUGGUCAAAGCUUCAAACAAAGUUCUAUUGAAGAACUGUAACCUCUCAGAGAGAAGCUGUGAAGUUCUGGCCUUAGUUCUCAGCUCCCAGUCCUCUAAUCUGAGAGAGAUGGACCUGAGAAACAACAAGCUGCAGGAUUAUGGAGUGGAGCUGCUGUCUUCUGGACUGAAGAGUCCAAACUGCAAACUGGAAACUCUAAGACUUAGAUCCUGUAACCUCUCAGGAAGAACUUGUGAAGUUCUGUCAUCAGUUCUUAGCUCCCAGGCCUGCUGUCUGAGAGAGGUUGACCUGCAGAACAACAACCUACAAGAUUCAGGGGAGAAGUUGCCGUCUGGUUCAGACUGUACACUGGAAAUAUUCAGGGAGCCUGCUGGAGUCCGAUGGUUGAAACCAGGUCUGAGGAAGUAUUCCUGUCAGCUCACAAUCGACACAAACACAGUGAACAGAAAACUCCAACUGUCUGAAGACAACAGGAAGGUGACACAUGUGAAGGAGCUUCAGUCAUAUUCUGAUCAUCCAGACAGAUUUGAUGGCUGGCCUCAGCUGCUGUGUAGUGAUGGUGUAACUGGUCGCUGUUACUGGGAGGUUGAGUGGAGAGGAGGAGUUUUUAUAUCAGUGAGUUACAGAAGAAUCAGGAGGAAAGGAGACAGUUAUGACUGUUGGUUAGGAUGUAAUGAUCUGUCCUGGUGUCUGAGCUGCUCUGAUGGUGGUUACUCUGUCUGGCACAGUGGCACAGUUACAUCCUCCUCCUCCUCCGUCUCUAACAGAGUAGCAGUAUAUGUGGACAGUCCUGCUGGUAUUCUGUCCUUCUACAGAGUCUCCUCUGACUCACUGAUCCACCUCCACACCUUCAACACCACAUUCACUGAACCUCUUUAUCCUGGAUUCAGGAUCUGUUCUGGUUCCUCAGUGUUUCUGUGUUGAGUCAAAAAAAACACUUGCACUGUUGAACAGAUAGUUCAGUCUCUACAUGUCUGUCUCUUUCUGAAACUCUUGGAAAAGAUUCUUUGUAAACUUCAUCCUCUUCCAGUCCUUUAAUGAUGGAAGUUGGGAUUAUUCCAGGAUCCAAAGGUUUGGUUCUGUUUCCAGUCAAAGCUUCAUUUAGGGUUUUUCCACCAAUGUGCUUUCAGUGCUAUUCCAAGGUUGCUGCUGAGUUGGUUAUUUACUGUUUUUUUUACGUCUCCUCCAGUAAAUGUUUGAUCUAGACUCUUAAUAUCACCAUCAGAAGAAGUUUUAACAUUUCUAUCCUCAAUCUUUUCUGUCAUGUUAAACCAGUGAUGGACUCAGCCAGUUUCAGUCUCCUGCAAAUACUCAUUUGGCCUUUAGUCCCAAGAGAGGAGGACGGGGUGUCUGUCCCAGCAGUCAUUAAUUGACUACAGGCUGAGGACACACUGGAUAGGUCACCAGUCCAUCACAGAGUCGGUUGGAUUUACCUCACCAACGUCUAGGUUCUGAUUGGGUCAACUGGACCAACUUUAUAAAAUGAUGUCAAGUUUGUUGUUCAGGUUCUAUUUCUUCAAGUCCUGCCGAACCUGGAUCAGCAGAAACCAGUCCCACUGCAGUGGGUAGGGGAGGCUGUCUUCCAGCAGGAAUUGUUGGAAUAAAUAAAUGGAAGAAAAGCUCAAAACAUGAAGAUAACAUUGUUCCUCCAGGUUCUUCUGUCAGCAGAUUAACAUCUGACUCUUAAAGGUAAAGGACAGGAAGACAGAGGAACCAUUUUCUGGGUCUCUUUGGGUUCCUGUUCUGGUUUAUUGUUGAGAAACACGCCUGCCGUCCAGAUCUAUUUCCAACUGAUGCUUGGACCAUCCUGAAGAAACUAGAGAGAAUACCAUCCUGUUAGUGGAUCACAAGAGAGACGAUGAUUGUCAUCUGGAGUGAUUUCAAAGUACAUCAUCCCACCCUGUUGGUGGAGGCUGCCUGGCCCCGCCCUGUAAAAGGAAGUGGAAGCCUUCACUUCCUGUUUGACAGUCUGACCUUUCACCUGAGCUGGUUUGGAUGGAGGAAGCACAUGGAGCCAACAUUUGGGUAACUGCACUUUGAUAUCAAUCAGUGACUUUAAAUCUGUAACUGUAUUAAUGUGACUGUGAAUGUGGAGUUCAGAUGGUGAGUGAAGAGGAGAAGGUUUAGAUGUGAGGAGACCUGAAACUGCUGCUUUGGUUCUCCAACUUCUGGAUGAGCUCAAUGAGAUUGGUUUAAAUGUUGGAUUCAAAUGAAAGUUUGUUGCAUUGAAACACUAACUGAGGUCAUUUACAUCCAAGGUUCUUCUAGCUCAGCUUUGGAGUUUGAUCUGUUUGCUGAAGAACUUCCACACCAUGUUGGUGUUAGCAUGUGGAGGAGAACAUGCUAACUGGUUUGAACUGCUUGAAGAUGUUAUACUGUGUUCAGCUGUGAUGUUGAGUUUCUGAAGGUUGGUUGAACUUCUUUCAGCAGUUUAGCUGAAUUUAGCUUGUUGUUCUCUAGAUGCUGAUGCUGAGAUGUUUUGUAAGUUGCUGCUGAAACUCAGAUCAGAUGUUGUUGUUGAACCAAUCUGGAUGAUCUGUUUUAGAGUUUCCAUGUAAGAAAAUUAGAUAUGAAUCCAGCUUUGAAGGCAUUUGGAUUGAGAAGAUCCAGAAGAUGAAGAAAGAAAGUAGCAGCAGGUCCUACUCAGGUCCAAAGUUUUUCCUGUUGUUCUCCCAGUAGAACUCCACAUUCCCAGAGUUUGAUCCAGUUUCAGGAUUAAAGUC